AUGACAAACCAAUACGGUGGCAGCUCGAUAGAUGAGCUCUUAUUGAAUUCAAACUCCGGAUUGGCUUCUGAAGCUUACGAUUUCUUGAAAAAUUUUGAAGACACUAAUGAACCCAAACUCGAUAACACCAGUACCGAGUUUUUAAUACACGACAAUAGCGGUAUUGAUUUUGAAUCGCAUCCUCAACCAGCAACAGCUGGCCCUUUAUACUUUUCAAACGACGUUUCAAACGACGUUUCAAACGACAACAACAAUUACUACACGAAUAGGAGUAGAUCCAAUAGUCGCAACAGAGGUACUUUAUUUCCCAGCAGUAAGUCUGUUAGUGCAAAUAGUAGUGGUGCUAACAACGAAGCUAAUAGCGGUGCUAAUAGCGGUGCCAAUAGUGGUGCCAACAGUGGUGCUAAUAGUGGUGCUAAUAGUGUUAUCAAUAGUGGAGCCAACUCUGGAGCCAAUUCAGUCUAUACAACGCCUGCUCCUAGUCAUGUUGCGCUCAGUCAUGGCCAUUCUGCCACUAGUCAAAAUAUCCCUCCCCCUCCAAUCAUCAACCUAUCUCCACCUGCUAUGAACGAAUAUGUAAAGCCAGAGUCAUAUGCCACUACAACUACAACAGCUCAAACACCGAGUAUCCACCUGUUUCCACAAGCAGGGUCUCCUGGUCUAACAGUACCUCGUGAACGAUCUAGACGAUACUCAAUCUCGUCAGAUGUAUCAUCUCACCACACAGCUACUUCACCAUACCUAUCAGCAGCCAAUUCACCAUUUCUCGAACCUACAGAUGGUGAUGUGAUUAGCAAUUCGUACACAGAUCUCACUGCUCUUGCUGAUAUGACGUCUAAUGUCAGUCUUGGUAAUGGUGGGUUCACUGUUGAUGAAAACCAGAUGAGCACGUACCUGGUGCUUGAUGAUAUCAGUCAACUUCCACAUUCGUCAGCUGGUAACUCGGUUGAUAAUUCUGGAGAAAACUCGGUAGCUGAUUCGACUGCAAAUUCGGUGGUCAAUGGAGGAUUAAAUGAGUACGCCGACACUCCCUAUCAGUUGGGAACGGCAUCUACACCAUAUUCAACAGUGUCGAGUCUGGCAUCACCAGCUACUUCAAACGGAUCGUCUGUGCUUGAAGAGCAGUCGAUUUCGAUUGAAGAAGUUCUAGAUUUACCGGGUGGUGGAUCCGGUAAUACUUUUCUCAGUCCUAAUUCCAACAAUUUCACGCGAGGACGGUCUGUAUCCGACCCUCCUCAACCAAGAGGAAGAUCGAGUAAUUCAGGCCAUGGCAUUCCUACUAUCACCACUACUGACAGCAGCGGCACUGAACCACUAGAUUUCGGUCCUCGGUUUGUAUCAACGGGGCCUUCUGAUAUAGUAGGCAACCAUCUUGACGUGUCAUCAACCACUCUCAACAUUCCAAUAGAUUCGUUUCUGACGCCAGGUUAUUCCAGUGCACAUUCCCCUUCGUCAUCUACAGCCGGUAGUCGAGCGUCAAGUCGCAGUGGACGGUCUGAUGGCCGCAGUCCAAGCAGAAGUCCCAGUCGCUCUCCCGGACGGUCACCAGGACGAGUAGCUCCUGGCAGCAGAGAGCACAUUCUUGAGCUGGUAGCACCACAAAGACCACAAGCACGUGUGCAGAAACACCCAUCCAACUAUGCCUGUCAUUUGUGUGACCGACGAUUCACACGGGCAUAUAAUCUACGAUCUCAUUUAAGAACUCACACCCAAGAAAAGCCAUAUAAGUGUGGAGUAUGUGACCAAGCAUUUGCAAGAAAGAACGAUCGCAAACGACACGAGGCAUUACAUUCAGGAGAAAAGAAGUACGAAUGUAAAGGAUACCUGGAAGACGGAACGCAAUGGGGUUGUCUCAAGAAAUUCGCCCGAGCAGAUGCACUAGGACGGCAUUUCCGAACCGACGGAGGCAGAGAAUGUGUACAAAAGCUGAUUGAAGAAGAAGCGCGCCGACGAUCCAAGCAACAAGGAAACCACCAAGGACUACAAGACUACGAGCAGUUCCUAUCCGACCAAGUGCGCCAACAACAGGUCACCAUUGAUGGAGGAGCAUUUACCUCUUCCAUCAAACCCGACCCACAAAUUGGCGAAGCCAACCAGCAAUACCCCCUUGUCGACAACGGUCUGGAAAGAUACAACCACAUUCCAGCCGGGCUGCUACUGCACAACCCAAACCUCGUCGGCUCGUUCAACACGCAGCCCGGCGAGCCCAGCAACUACUGA